CAAAGAUGGCGCUGUAAAAGCCAAGGUUUGUUUUCCAUGGGUGCAAAGUAUGUUUAAGUGCAUUAACCGAUCGGCCCAGUUCACGAGAUAUCUACAGUCAGCAGACAGCAGUUUCACUUUUAGACAGAACUUCAGGUACCUGCCUAACCCCUAGAGGACACCUCAGUGACAGCUUAUUUGCUCGUGUCAACCCUCCCACUCAGAAUGACCGACUCGGCUGUGCAGAGGGUGGUCAGCGAGAUCAUUCGCUCUCCUGAAGACAAAAGGUUGUACAGGGGCCUUGAGUUUACCAAUGGCCUGAAAGCAAUCCUCAUAAGUGACCCAACAACAGACAAAUCCUCGGCUGCUUUGGAUGUCCACAUAGGUUCAUUAUCAGAUCCUGCAAACAUUUCCGGCCUGGCACACUUUUGUGAACACAUGCUGUUCCUGGGAACACAGAAGUACCCUAAAGAAAAUGAAUACAGUCAGUUCCUCAGCGAACAUGCGGGCAGCUCCAAUGCUUUCACCAGUGGAGAGCAUACAAACUACUAUUUCGACGUGUCCCAUGAGCAUCUGCAAGGAGCACUAGAUAGGUUUGCCCAGUUCUUCCUGUGCCCACUGUUUGAUGAGAGCUGUAAGGACCGGGAGGUGAAUGCUGUGGACUCUGAACACGAGAAGAACCUGAUGAAUGAUGCCUGGAGGCUCUUUCAGUUGGAGAAGGCUACUGGCAAUCCUAACCACCCCUUCAGUAAAUUUGGAACAGGUAAUAAAUUGACUCUUGAGACCCGACCAUCCAAAGAUGGUAUUGACAUCCGCCAGGAGCUCCUGAAGUUCCACUCUACGUACUACUCAUCCAACCUGAUGGGACUCUGUGUGCUAGGAAGAGAGUCAUUAGACGAGCUGACCUCCAUGGUGGUGAAGCUCUUUGGAGAAGUAGAGAACAAGAAUGUGCCUAUCCCAGAAUUCCCUGAGCACCCCUUCCAGGAAGAACACCUCAGACAAUUUUACAAAGUGGUGCCCAUUAAGGACAUCAGGAACUUGUACGUGACCUUUCCCAUCCCAGACCUACAGAAGUACUACAAAUCUAACCCAGGACAUUAUCUAGGACAUCUGAUUGGUCAUGAAGGGCCGGGAAGUUUGUUAUCAGAGCUCAAAUCUAAAGGCUGGGUGAAUACUCUCGUUGGAGGGCAGAAAGAAGGAGCCAGAGGAUUCAUGUUCUUUAUCAUCAAUGUAGAUUUGACAGAGGAGGGUCUCUUGCACGUAGAGGACAUCAUCUUCCACAUGUUCCAGUACAUCCAGAAGCUUCGUACUGAGGGACCUCAGGAGUGGGUGUUCGAGGAGUGCAAGGAUUUAAACAAAGUGGCCUUCAGGUUCAAGGACAAGGAGCGGCCCCGUGGCUACACCUCCAAAGUGGCCGGUUUACUUCACUACUACCCUAUUGAAGAGGUUCUAGCAGCAGAGUAUCUUUUGGAGGACUUCAGGCCAGAUCUGAUCGAGAUGGUGCUGGAUAAACUGAGACCAGAACAAGUCAGAGUUGCGGUGGUGUCAAAAUCAUUUGAAGGGCAGACAGACAAGACAGAGGAGUGGUACGGCACUCAGUACAAACAGGAGGCCAUCUCUGAAGAGACCAUUGAGAAAUGGGCGAGUGCAGACCUCAACGGCAAGUUCAAAUUACCCAUGAGAAACGAGUUCAUCCCGACCAACUUUGAGAUCUACCCACUUGAGAAAGACUCUCCAUCAGUUCCCACUUUAAUCAAGGACACUGCCAUGAGCAAGGUGUGGUUCAAACAGGAUGACAAGUUUUUCCUGCCCAAGGCAUGUCUGAACUUUGAGUUCUUCAGCCCGUUUGCGUAUGUGGACCCAUUGCAUUGUAACAUGGCAUAUUUAUACCUGGAGCUCCUCAAGGACUCCCUCAACGAGUAUGCAUAUGCAGCCGAGCUAGCUGGCUUGAACUAUGACCUCCAAAAUACCGUCUAUGGGAUGUAUCUGUCUGUUAAAGGUUACAAUGACAAACAGCACAUCCUGCUGAAGAAGAUCAUUGAGAAAAUGGCCACCUUUGAGAUCGACGAGAAGCGCUUUGACAUCAUCAAAGAGGCGUACAUGAGGUCUUUGAAUAACUUCAGAGCCGAGCAGCCUCACCAGCACGCCAUGUACUACCUCCGUCUGCUAAUGACCGAGGUUGCCUGGACCAAAGAUGAGCUCAGAGAAGCUCUGGAUGAUGUAACUCUCCCUCGCCUCAAGGCCUUCAUACCUCAGCUUCUGUCAAGGUUACAUAUCGAGACGCUUCUUCAUGGAAACAUCACUAAGGAGUCUGCUCUUGGCAUGGUGCAAAUGGUGGAGGACACGCUCAUUGAGCACGCUCAUACAAAGCCCCUCCUCCCGAGCCAACUGAUUCGCUACAGAGAGGUGCAGGUUCCAGAUGGUGGCUGGUAUGUUUACCAGCAGAGGAACGAGGUCCACAAUAACUGUGGCAUUGAGAUCUACUAUCAGACGGACAUGCAGAGCACCCAUGACAACAUGCUGCUGGAGCUCUUCUGUCAAAUAAUCUCUGAGCCCUGCUUCAACACGCUGAGAACCAAAGAACAGCUGGGCUACAUCGUGUUCAGUGGGCCCCGGCGGGCCAACGGCGUGCAAGGCCUGCGCUUCAUCAUCCAGUCAGAGAAGGCACCACACUACCUGGAGAGCCGCGUGGAGGCUUUCCUCUGCACUAUGGAGAAGUCUUUAGAGGAGAUGAAUGACGAAGCUUUCCAGAAACACAUCCAGGCUCUGGCCAUCCGCCGCCUAGACAAGCCUAAGAAGCUGUCUGCUGAGUGUGCCAAGUACUGGGGAGAGAUCAUCUCUCAGCAGUACAACUUUGACAGAGAUAACAUUGAAGUGGCCUAUCUGAAGACUCUGACGAAAGAAAACAUCAUGCAGUUCUACAGAGAUCGUCUGACAGUUGAAGCACCCAGGAGACACAAGGUGUCUGUGCACGUCCUGUCCAGAGAGAUGGACUCCUGUCCCAUCGUGGGAGAGUUUCCUGCCCAGAAUGAUGUCAACCUGGCCCCCGCUCCCUCCCUGCCACAGCCAACGCUGGUUCAGGACAUGACCGAGUUCAAGAGGAGCCUGCCUCUCUUCCCGCUCGUCCGGCCUCACAUCAACUUCAUGGCUGCCAAACUGUGAGCGAGGCCGCCGGCUCGACGCGCAGCUGACAGGGAGGGGAGGGCAACCGCGAGGGAUCUGCUGUGCUUCCUCAACUACAACCCCCCCUCUUCCUCCUCCUCCUCCCCCGUCAGGAAGACUUUCAUCAGACUGAGCCUGCAUGAGCGUUUGUGUGUGUUUGGGUGGGUGCAUGUGUGUGUGUGGCAGGCUACAGCCACUAGCAGAGAGAGAAGCGUGGAAACCGUUGUGUGUUUGAAUCACAGAGUUAGCCGUCUGCGUGGCUGUGAUGACAGCAGACUCACCUCAUGUUCAAGGAGAAACACUCACUCAUCACAGCGCAGGUAGGCGGGUGUAGACUACAUAGAAACAUCGGGGUCACGCCCCUUUAAAUACUUCAGAGCGUUUUAUUUGACUUAAUCAGAGACGUGCUGUUUAUCGUGAUGAGCUGUAGAGGUCACACGCCGUAGCUCCAUGAAGGUCUUUUAUUUGAUGGACUUGAAUGUUUAACUUGUAACUCUCCUGAAACAAAAAGAGGACACAAGCAGAUUAUUUUAUUCAAAUGUAUGCAUUAUGAAGAAUCUCUGCCUUUAUAAUCCUGGUUUAAAUCACACUCAAAGGUUUUGAAAUGUUUGUAAACCGGUAAAAUGUUGGGAGCCUUUGAGGAGCAGUUUGAUCAGAGAGUCAUGCCCGUGAGAAUUUAAUUUUAAUGUUUUAUUGCAUUUUACAGUAGACGUGUGUAAUUCAGACAUCUCAGGGGAACCUCCAUGCUGUUUUUUACUUCAAAUUUUACUAGUGAUGGAUUAAAAAUAAAAACACUUUUAUCAUCA